AUGGACAAGAUUUUCGCAUUAAUAUUUAGUAAGCAUUAUACAGCAUUAAGUUCAUUUGGCAGUUUUCUGCUCAACAAAUGCAUCCCUGAUGUGGAAAAUGAAGGAUUACGAAAAAUAUCAAUUUUCAGCAUACGUGGACGAAGCCAGCGGCAGGUGUGUAGUAUUCCCUGCAAUCAAGCUGCAUCUAACCGAAGGUAACAAACAUCUCCCACUUCAAGUUCCAUUUUCGAAUAAAUGUAAAAUGCGGCAAAACUGGUUUGGAUAUCGUCUGGAGUUUUGUUAAGAUGUAUUUAUUAUGAAAUUUUUUAUUUUGAAACCAUAAUUGUGAUCAUAAAAAUGCUUCACCUGCAAAAAUUAACAUUCAGAAACUUUUAUAUGUUAUGAGUACGGGUUAAAUUCAUAUCGUAAAUCAAAAUAAACGAGCCUGUUGUUCAAAAUUACUUGGUUAAAACUUAUCGUUGGCCAUGGUGCACCAUGCUCAUGACAAUGCAUGGUCACUAACUGGAAGAAGGCGAAUAAAGAAAAAAAGAAUAGCAAUCUUAACAAGUCCACAAACACAGAAUUGUUAAAUUUAGCAUGCUGGGAAGCAAACUUAAUAAAAUCAUGGAGGCCAUGUCAUGUCGGCCGUUACUUAAGUAGAGCUGGGCAGUGAAUGCAUGACAUCAACACAUUGGCUGUACUGCCACCUCCAUUAAGCAAACUAAUUUGCUCAGCACAUUGACUGUGGCAACCUGGUCGCAGAGGCUCGUAGAAAAUUUUCCUUGGUCGCAGUGGAAGGAUAUCUAGUGUUAAUAUGCUGCACUAUUCUAACUGGAUAUAUAAAUAUCAAUCAGGAAUGGGCGCACACCGACCUAUUGGCUUCACGAAGGAAACAAGCUCCGUAUGCGUGGCAAAGGUCACGAACAGGCAACCUAUUACCAGGCCGAAGUCGGCCAAGUCAUAAAAGCAGCAAGGAGGGACGACAGAGAAUGCGGGUAGAUUGAGACAGUACUGUUUCGGGCUUAGUGUGCCUUCAUUCAGCCAAUCAUAACCCUGACCACCAGCAGCUGGGACCAGAAACACAAACAUGCGCACAUACGCACCUGGCGCAGUUGAUCCACCACUGGGGUCUACCAGAUGGUUCAUAAGCACUUCAUCGAACCGAAGUUCAUCAGUGCCUCGCCACCUGCCAUUCUCUGUCGCUGCCAAUCGGGUAUUUAUCAAUAAGGAAUGGGCGCACACCGAUCUAUUGGCUUCACGAAGCAAACAAGCUCCGUAUGUGUGGCAAAGGUCACGAACAGGCAACCAAUUACCAGGCCGAAGUCGGCCAAGUCAUAAUAGCAGCAAGUCAUAAUUGCUGUUAGCAUUUGCCUGCUGUAAUUCUGUUAGUCAAGCUAACGUGACACAUAUAUCCCUGUCGUACAAUGGUUGUAUAGUUGGAAGGCCAUAACCUUUGUGAAGUUAGGUGCUUUGUUUGCUAAAUAAACGAUCUCAUUCGUGAUGGUCAGUUCCGAAAUAUUCUCUGAUUGACAAACACAGAGUUGUAAGUAGACAUAGACAAACUCUUUCGCAUGCUUUUAGCCUCCCUAAGCUUCAUAAUAACGUCUACAGAACCCGCAUAAACGCAAACACCUAAGGACCAAGGCGCACUUAAUAUCAGAAAAACGUACAUCACUGUUGAUGCAAAAAAGCCAGUGAGUAUUGUUCCACGUUUAGGACACAUGUCGAGGGGACUAUUGUGUAGAAGUGACGCUCUCAAAUUUCACCUCCAUUUGACUUAAACACAAUCGAUCGCUAAAAACUUUUCAGUACAUAUGCGUAGUAUGCUUUAAGGUUAUUACCAUUAAUGAUUCAUUUCUGUUCGUGUUUUUUAAGAAACCCGAAAAAGUAGGCCGACAAACAGCAUCAGUAAAUAGACAAAAGUCUAGACCUAGUAGACAACGUUUCCCAUUACUGUGGCCAACCGAAAACUAAACAAAUGUUAAUCAUAGGUGCCAUUUGGCUUCAAACUAAGCCAACUGCUGUCACCAUGAGUUCACGCUAGACAUAAAACUCCUUACCGCUUAACUUUUGCUGUUUUGGAAAGCGAUAUUUCACCGACAUUGGAAGUCUCUAACUCAAUUCUGGGAGCUAAAAUUGUCAACCAAGUUUUUUAAACAACGCAGCAGGAACCAUAAAGUAAACAUCCGGAUUGAUUAAGCUAGAGCUGAAUUGAAGAUAUAUUAUGACCAGAUAUGCAAAUAUAUAAUUACUGUAAAGGGAGGUUAUUGCAAGUGCACAGAUAUCGUCAGUCCACAUAUUUCAAAUUCAACCAGCUAUUUUGUAGACCUCUCCUUUAGACUACCAAACAAGUGAGUCUGAUCACAUUUUCGGAAGGAAUUUUAAAUAUAAUCAUUGGUAGCGGAGAAAUUGGACACAAGGAUGUUCCUAUUGCGUUUGGGGUCACAAUUCUCCUCCGUUGUACUGAAUUCCGCAUUUUGUACUUUGAGAGCUUUUAUUCUAGUCUAUGAGCAAUUACGGAAUCCAAUAAGUACCGAGUUAUUAUGAUAAUCUCUCUACUGGCGGCAAACAGCUACCCAGUUAGCUUCACCAUUGACUGUUUGGUCCACCUACUAGCACUCAUGUCUGUCAAUUUCCUAAACCGCCAUUUAAACAAUGAUUAAUAUACUACAUCUCUGUGCAAGCAUUUCCAUGCAAACAAGUCAAUCUACGCACAAUACUUGAUUAUGAAGCCAUGUCAGAGACUAAAUCGGCUGCCAGAGUAUAAAUUUCAUUUAAGGCAACCUGACCAUUAUAAGAGCUCAUACACAACUCUCUUAAUUGGCAAAAGAGCUUACCAACGCACCGCGCAAAGCUCCCGGGAAGGUAUGAGGUUAGUAAUUAUCAGGUACCUGCCGGCCUGGUCCCCACAUCUUAUGAAAAUUCUAGGAAAAUAUUCAGAACGUGGUUAAUUUUUCGCUCCACAAAUAAGAACGGCAAUAAACGGAUACUUAAACAAAGACUAUGUAACACAACUGGUAAAGAAGUUGACUAGACUUCGGGACGAAAUCACAAUUAUGGAGUUAAAAAGGAAGCUUAUUCGCAAAUUUUGGGAAAUUCCACAAGCAAAGUAGAUUUAAGAGGUUUAUUGAAAGUUUUCUCGAAGGCAGAGACACUAUUUUCUAAUUCCUUAGUUGAGUUUUGUCUCAUUUCUACAAGCAUGUUUUAUCCAAUCCUUCCGCAAACGACGUCUUUUGCGCCCCGAAAAAAUAUGACGGUUUUACUGAACAACGAUUAUAGUACUGAAAAAAAUUAUAUAAUGCCUUUUAUUGGCCUAAUAUUUCCAUCUUAAUUUAUUUCGGUUUACCUUGAAGGCACGAAAAUUUGUAAUUUCACUAUAACCCGCGGAGAUGCGAAGACUAUGAACGAUACGUUAUUUGUGGAGAUUUCAAAAACAGUGUCUGGCGGAGGUCAACUUAAGAUGCGAAAUGGUACUCACGCAGACACUUUGAGGCAAAACGACGGGGUCCAGUUGUUUGUUGAAGCAAAGGACUGCGGAAUCCCACCAGAAACCUCACCGAAGCGUCCUCUCAUGAUAUAUGUAAGCUGGACACUUCAAUAUGGCAAAAUUUAUUUUAUUUUUCAUAUUGCUAUUUUCCAUGGUUUUAUCACAAACAUAAACCUAUCUUUUGUCUCUUAAGACAACAACCCUUAUUUUUGUUCGCGCAAACCUUAAAAAUUUUUUAAAAACGUUUUAUGUUUGAAGUUUAAGUGCCUACUGGAUGUAAAUUUGAACUACAUUUGCUCGCGACUACAUUCUCACAAAUUGUAGUUUUUGUAAGAAAAAGAACAGCGUUAAUCUUAAGGUGACUUUAGAGUCUUUGAUAAAUGAAUGGGUAGGAGACAGAACCCGUACCUACUAGGACACUCGACCAAUGGCUGAAAUGAAGUGUUUGUUUUUCCGCAUAAUUAAACCCGAACUGUCAAAUUCGUUACUGUGCAGAACAAUUUGCUCAUAGAUUUAACGUUAAGGUCCUUGCUAUAGAGAAAAACUUGCGCUACCUUGAUGCUGUUCUCAUACCUCCUAAAUGAAGGAAAAAAUUUUAUUUGAUUUAUCUGACGCUCAUAGGUGUGCGCUGAACAACUAGGAGAAUCCCGAGUUUUCGGUUUAAAAAGAAGGACCAAAUAAUAAAUGCAGAUUAUGUUUCAGAGAGGAGACCACGGCUGGUAGACCCAGUUAUUUCACCUUCAAAUCCUUAUCUUAUAAGUUUGAAUGAGCAAGACUUUAAAUAACUCACAGCGAUCUUGUCUUAUUGCAAACGACUUUUCUUUAAAACUCAAGGUGUUAUAAGAAAAAAUAAUAAAUAUUUUUACCCAGUUUUUUUUUCAAACUAGGACGUUUCGUAUGUACCGAUAGCUUUUUAUAAACAGGUUUUCUUAUACGCGAAGUACAUUUGUGAAUUAGUUUCUCAAGGCAUCAGCGGUUUUGAUAUUUUGGAAAAACAGUAUGUGUAGACGAAACAGCUACUCGAAACUCCAGACCUCCAAUAAACCUCUCAUCCUGAAAGCCUCCUUUUCUUUUGAUAUGCCACCAGAAAAUCACCUUUUCACUAUUAUAAAUGACGUAUCAUUCUUUCAGGAAAGCUUAAACAAAUCAAGUGUAAGUAAAAAUUUACCAUCUCGGAGCUCCUAUUCUCACAGAAUUUUCAAAGACAAUAAGAAACUAAAAAGCAUUUGUCAAAUUCGGCGAAAGCACUCAGAAAGCAUAUUCGGCAAUGAUGCAGUCAGGUUUCAAAUGUAAGAUACAUCAUCACUUUGUGGUGAAGUUGACUGCAAAGGCGCUUGACAGCAAGUACAACAGGGAUCCAUCGGAUCACCGUACUGGGCGUUUUAAGUGACGAUCAGGUAGUCGAGGUUGUUCACCAAAACCUUCCUAGUGUAUAUUAAUGUCGAAACCACAAUAGCUAGUCAAUUGGCCAAAAUAAGAAGUUUGAAUUCAAUAAUUUAAACGUAAACUAUCGGAUUGCUUGCAAACAGUGGAAUAUAGGUUGCUUGACCUAGGGCAGUUAAUUCAUCAUCAAUCCCUCAAUUAAAUUUCAAUAGCGCAGACCUGCUUAAUGGAAAGGCUUUGACUUUUCUGUAACAAUUACCUACUUUGUAAAAGAGUGAAAUCAUUUUAAGACCUCCUUUACUCCACAGCUAGCGAUAUAACCAAUGGUAAAAAUGGUCAAAAGUACAAUGAAAUCUGCCACAGCAGUAGCUGCAGCAUACACGAAAAUAUCUUUAGAAAUUAUGCAUUCGUGUCCCAUAAAUGAUUGAAAUCUAGUCCCAGACAUUUUCAUUGGCAUGCUUCAAGUUUCCAUUUUGAAUUUAACUGGACCAUAAAUAGGCUGCAGCAGUUCUGGUACUCACUAACAAAGCACGAUUGGGCUUUGAAUUCAAGUAAAAAUCUCAGAUGACGCCAGUAGCAAUGCACGGAAUAAAUUCCCUCGUUAACCCCUACUUUCCUGUUAGCAUGAUGUGGUCUUUGCUUCCAGUUUAAGAUAAUAUAUUGCCAGGUUCAUUUUUACACACAUUUCGCAACAUUCGUCGAUACCAAAUUGUACAACUUCGCACAUCGGCAAGUGCAGUUCGGACUACGCGAAGAAUCAGAACUAAUUUUACAUAAAGAAAGACUCCUAAUUACCAGGACUUUACUCACUUUAACUUCAAUGACUUUGGUACUCACUAAAAAACCGUAAAUGUAGAAAAAAGCAUAAGUGGCGAAAAGCUGUAUAUGGGGUGCAGAAACGCAUGUAAUUCUGACGAAAUCUUUAAAUUCGCCUUAAAAUUUAUAUCAUUAUUUAAACCAAUUUUCAACACAAGUUUACAGUGGAUAUCCUUCCCAGAUCACUAACAAGAAGCUGAAUGUUAAAAUUCGUUCGGUAAGUAUUUUAAUUAUUUUUUCAAGCAAUAUUCGGAAAGGUAUUAAUUAAGUUUGUUGCAUUUAUCCAGGUGGCUUUCAGUGCCAGCACACAAAUUAACCUAUUUCCUGAACAGAAUACUUCAAAAAUAACUUUGGUAAGACUUUUUUGGGACAAUGAUACAGUCGACGGCCGCGGUUGCUUACUUUUAGGAGCAUUUGUGCCAAAAGAACUGACGAUAUUAUUUGUACGUGAUAUAUUAUUGAAAAUAAUUGGCGACAUUAUUUGUGCGUGAUAAAGGGGCCUCCUGGUAGCUGAUGCGUGAGGGUGGUCAAGAUGCUUAAAGGGAUCAACGGAGUAAAAAUACCUGUCCGAGAAUGCCUAAAAGGGGCCAAUCAGUUCAUUUAUUAUUGUUCCUAAAUGGCACAGGUAGUGUCCCUUUUUAAUUGAAGAUAAUAUUGAUAAUCAAAAUGUAUGAUACCACACAAUUCGCAAAUGCUUAACUAGUUUACUCAACAUAAAUCCUCUCCGAAUUCAAUGACCCCGACCGUAAACCUCACCGUUGCCCUUUUUGAAUAGUAGUACAUCUGCACAUCAUGGAUUCCAUAUGAGCCUUCUGUUUUUAGCCCGCUUCCAUGCCACAGCAAGGCGAGAGUCGUACAGUUGUUGUUUAAACAAAUUCUGCACUGAAAUGGCUAGAUAAGUACGGAUGAUAGUCAGUCGGUUCAUCGACUGGCCACUGCUGAUAAUGACAUGCAGACGGAGAGGCUGCCUACUGUCGAGGUGAAAUUGCGUACGCCGUUGGCAGACAGCCAACGUGUCCUAUUUGCUAAGACCGUGGAACAGGCAUCCUCCGAUUUAUCUCCCUAUCUCGGCAGGGCCCUUAAAUUUUGAUGGUUUCAUUUUCCUCCUUUGGAUACAGCCAAUAGCAAAUUUAUGACACCAAUGUGGACUAAAAAGGCAUAAAUUUAAUAUUAUUCUUUCAAAAUUCAUAGCCUCAUCUUCCCACCUCCGUCACCAAAUGUGCUCAAAGAAUGGAGAACACAGUUGCCGACAUCUUAUCAUAAACCGAGUUGUAUCAGUUCAGAGCAGUUACCUCCAGGCUUGCGUGCGAGUCGGUGAUUAGCUUACACACCCUAUAAUUGUUGCUUGUGCUGUUGCUGCUAGUAUCUCCUGCGCGAGUUCGAUAGCCCAGAGCAAAAAAUGUUCCGCUGCUCGACUUCUCUACUUUAAUUAUACAUACAUAUGAAACUUGAAAUUUUGUCCUCAUUCGCAUAGCAGUUCAUCAGCACCCAAUUUGCGUCCCACAAGGUCCUCCCUUUGGUCCAGCAGCGCAGUUUACUUCUCCGACAGUGACAGCAUCAGGAAGCCUCUUUUUCCUUUCACUUUGCGAUCUGAACUCAGCUUGCGGUUCCGGAAUCUUCGCAGCUCUAAUUAUGAUGACUAACCAUACUGAACCCGAAGCGCAUCCUUUCUUAUAGGACAAAAUUUGAAAAGGUAGUUUUCUGCAAGAAAACUAUAACGAACGAACAUUUGUAGUUCUGUCCAUUAAGGAUUAGAGAAGUUACACGGGCGUAAGAAAAAAAUGACCCAACGUGAGACCAAAAUAAUACUGCGACCGACGCUGUUCGCAAGGGAUUAAGUAAAAUUUGGGUAAGAUGUUGUUUGGUAGUCCCACAUGAUAGGCACAAUACUGUUGGCCUUGGAGGUUAGGGUUAUGAUUGGGGGCUAAGGUUAGGGAUUAUAGUAAGAGGUCAAGGCUAAGGGUUAGAGUUAAAGGUUAGGAUAAGGGGCCAAAGUUUGGGGUUUAGGGUUAGGGAAUACCGCGACCAUUUCUCAACCACUCUAAGUACAACGGCGCAUUCCCAAGGGCUUCUCUUUUGCGUACAACUACUCGACCUCGUCGCAUGUGCGUUCCCCGGUCCCACCCGUUAAAACCCUAUGCCUACCAGUCCCGUAUUACAGGAGACUGGGGUUUGUUUAUAAAAAAUGAGGCUACAUAACUGCAUCUGACCAAAUUGAUGUCUAAAGGAUCACUCGGACACUUUAAUAAGUGUUGCAUGAGUAUACGUGUACAAGAUGUGGAAAUAAAUGCAAAGUGAAUGCGCAUUGAUCUGUGUUCAAAUUAGACGGAAUAGACUUUAGCAGUCUGAUGCAGUCCUGGCAAGAUAAACACAUAUCUCAAUCUGCCCAUUUCUCACUCCUUGGACCAAUGUACAUAAAAACUACUAGAACGCCUGAUGGACCCGAAUAUGACGGGUUAAAUUUUGAUCAUGCUCCGUAACAUCUCAAUUAAUUAACAAAUCAUAGUUUCCUGCGUAACUUAAUUGAAAAACACUUUCGGCAAGCCAUUUUCCUCUGACCAAGACAAGAAGCCAUGCCUUUUUAAAAGUAACCCAAAUGCGCCGGGAGAUUCGCAAGCAUUCCUGGCCAACUGUGGUAACACAUGAGCGUUUUGUCAGUGUAGAACAUGGGAGAGAGGUAAACUCAAAUUUAUUGCGCACGACAAAACGGAAGAAGUGGUGGACUGGGCCAGAUUUCAUUUGGCGAACGCGGCACUUUCGCUACACUGAAGAAGCUCAGCAAUUAUUUCGAAAAUCACUGACGUUUCCCGGCCAUGUUUAAAGGAUAAGGAGUUAUUGGAUGGCGAUUUGUGUUAUUGGCUUAAGCAUCAAUGGCACGGAGUUGCGGUCUCAAGUUCCAAGCUGGAAUCGAUCUCAGGUGCCUUGGAAUAAGUUCAACAGAUUUGGACGUCGGAAAGUUUGCGUAAUACAGCGCUCAAUGUUGACAAUCCAUGCAUUUAAACCCCCUUUUGCCCCUUAAAUAUCUGAAAGAUCUUGAAGGAGGGAAUGCAAUCCCUGAAAUUAUUUAUCCGUCUCGAGAAAAGCUAAACACGGCUUUGCAGAAGAUAAAUCACUGAUAGACUGUGAACUGGUGCCUCUAUCUACCCUAUACGACGGUCCCUUAUUUACCGACGGAAAACAAUUUUUUCUCGUUUGUUUUAUUUGAACGCAAAAGAAUGUCACCUGCAAAUAGUCUUUUCAAUUCGAGCUGUUGGGCCCAUUUUGCAUUUUACAGUUAGUGAAUUCAUGCGCGUCAUCUCGUUUAAAGUUGGGUGCCUACACAACGUUUUCUGGUGGAAUGCCACUAUUCUAUGCUUUUCUCCUCUUAACAUAUGAGACUGAUGCUCGAUGAUAUAAGACACUUUAUAAAGGCAUAAAAACAUGCUGAAAAACCAACCCAGUGGAUUAAAAACAGUCUGAUCACUUGCUAACAGGUUCCGUUCGUUCUUGAAACCCUUAUUAAAAAUCCAUUGGAAGAGGCUGAUCUAUGGAAAUUUUGUAAGAUGAAUCCCAUAAAGAACUUUGUUUUCCAAAUAAACCAUGCAAACAUUCAGAAGGAAGCAAACAAAAACACUCGAUCUGAUUGUAGAUCACUGUAUUUACCGACCCCAGACAGCGGUAACGUUGUCAAAAUCACCGUAAUUUUGACUUGAUGAUGAUAAUAAAAAUGUAACCCUCGAUCAUAUCAUCAACCUUAUUACAAAGGUCGUUUCAUCACGGCCCGAGCGCCUUUAAAUCUGGAAUUUAUUUUUGCGUCUAUUGCUACCGUCAGCAUUAAAAACUCCAGCUUUAUGACAUCAAUAAUAGAAAUUAUCCCAUUAGUUGUGCUACGCGUUUGGCCUGUUCAGUUCAGUAAUGGAAAGAGGGUUAUCACCGACAAAUACAAGGGAGACUGAAAUGGCCAUUUCUGGCUUAUUGGCAGUCGUCAGCCAGUCGUACUCAACCCCGAAGUGUGGAACACCCAAGGCUCGAACUCGCGAACUGCUAGUUAGAAGUCCAUGCCUCGAACCACUGGGUCACGAGCCCCUUUCCCUGUCGGUUUCGAUCGGGAAUAUACAAUGAACGAAACUGAACGAGUAAGUUCCGUAAGAACGAUCGGUGAGCGCCCCCUACCAUUGUAUAUUCCCGAUUGAACCGACAGGACAACGGGCUUGUGGCCCAGUGGUUAGAGGCGUGGACUUCUAACUACCAGGUCGCGAGUUCGUACCUCGGGUAUACCACACUUCGGGGUUGGGUAUGACUGGCUGACGACAGGUAAUAAACCAGAAAUGGCCAUUCCAGUCCCCUCUGUCUUUGUUGACAGUAACCUUCUGCCUAUAACAUGCGCCGCUGUGCGGCUGCUGUUUGGGCUCGAGGGAGAGCCCGUCAAGCACAACGGGACGAGUGAGUUCCGUAAGAACGAUCGGCGAGUGCCCUCUACCACAGUUAUGAACGCUUUCCAUAACCAGUAAGGCCGCAGCUCACUGAGCAGUUAUCUUUGUUGUCAUCACGAACAGGUGUGUCGCAAACGUGAUCACCUGUCGUCCUGGAGGAUGACGUCCAUAGUAAGCCCCACACAGCUGACUUGCGCGUAAGUUAGUUUCUAGUGGUAGCAGCAUCUGCCGCAUCCGGAGGCUGGCUUGUUAGCUGAUAAAGCCAAACAGUCUGUCAAGGCAUGCGACACACGACCUGACCACAAUGCUGGAGGGGCGUACACCAAUCGUUCUUACGGAACUCAUUCAUCCCGUUGUGCUUUACGGACUGUCUCUCUCGAGCCCAAUAAACAGCCACACAGCGGCGGCGCAUGAUAUAGGCAGAAUGGCAUUACCGACAAAGACAAGGGAGUCUGUGCGGUCUUUGUCGGUAAAACCAUUCUGUUCAACCACUUUUUUACGGAAACAAAGGAACAACUCGGAGCUCGCCUGAGUGAAAAUGCCAUACAUAGUCAGGAUGACUGUCAAUAGGCAUGAGGUCAGUCGACGGAAAGGCAUAAACCACUGUCAGCCCUCACAGUCCAUUGCAUGCAGAGCGGGCUUCACAAAUUCAGAUCUCACAUUUAUCAUGACUGCCAUCUGAACACUUUAUUAAUGAGGCCCCGCAAUUCGCGUAUACUCCAAAAGACCACGUUAUUCUUUCAGUUACCAGCUUUCGGAGCUAAAGCCUUCAGGCGUAUGUAAAAAAUGAAGCGAGCGGGGAAGGGUGAGCUGAAACGAGUGCAUAAAGGCACGCCAAAGAAAGUCGGAUAAUUGACGGCUCCCCUCUUAGUCUGAAUCUACUGUUACUACUACUACUACUACUACUACUACUACUACUACUACUACUACUACUACUACUACUACUACUACUACUACUACUACUACUACUACUACUACUACUACUACUACUACUACUACUACUACUACCACUCUACUACUACUACUCUACUACUACUACUCUUCUACUACUACUACUACUACUACUACUACUACUGCUACUACUACCAUUACUACCACAUACUUCUGUGAGUCUCAUUACCGGCUCCGCCGUAGAUGUGCUCGUCCUCGUCCUACUCAAAACAGUAAUUCAGAUUUAUCUCACACGCUCCAGCCUGAUGUGGCCUUCCUCCGUCCAUUGCUAGGUGGUUAAAAGAGAACAGCCGCACUGGCCUGACGCAGUCAUUCACAUUCCGGUGCUGCAGCCGCUGGCCGCAGGCACGAAACUGCUCCACUUGACUGCCUUGGGCCCUGAUACGCCUUCGACUCCCCUCACUGGAGCCACCAAUGAGACCGCUUCCGCCGAUGUUGCUGUCAAGGCUGGAGGUGUCUGCAACUACACGCUGUCUUCCGCAUUGAACCUGAACUAUACCAUAGAUGCCAGUGGUAAGUCUCCAUAG